UGGUCUAGCACCCCAGGCUGCGGCUGCCGGAGAGCUGGGAGCGAGGGCGCGGAAGAGGAGCGGUUCUUCGCCGACGAUCCGCACUCCCGACCCUACCCGACCCGACGCGGGGCGGGCGGGUGUGUCCGCGCCAUGGGCGCAGUCUGGUCCGCCCUACUGGUCGGCGGGGGGCUGGCGGGGGCUCUGCUGGUGUGGCUGCUGCGGGGCGGCCCGGGCGACGCAGGCAAGGACGCCCCUCCCGGGGAGGCCGCGGACGCGAGAGGCGCCCCAGAGCAUCUUCAAGAAAGCAAUGGACAUUUGAUCUCUGAGACCAAAGCAAAAGAAGCUUUAGGAAAUGAAAGCCUGGAGUCUUGUGUGGAAGAAUGGAGAUUGCAAAAACAAGAGACCCCUGCUAAAGCGGCCCCAUGUUUUACAGAGAAGCUGCCAUCUAACAGCUUGCACGGCAACAGAGCUAAGACAGGGGGCCAGGCACGGUUAGAGGCUGAGGCUGCAGCCAGCCCUGAGGACUGGGAAAUGGUGUCUAGGCACUUGUCCUGGGGAGAUGUGAGCUUGGGUGGCAAUCUUGAGGCUUCUGGGUUAAGCCUAAGCCAGGAAAUGGACAACAAGAGCAAUCUUGUGGAAGCAAGAGUCUGGGAAGCAGAUGGGAAAAGAAAAAGUGCAGCUGCAGCAUCUUCAGAGUCUGAGCAAGUUAGCGUCAGGUUUCAGGUGCAUUACCUCACAAGCACGGAUGUGCAGUUCAUUGCAGUAACUGGAGACCACGAGAAUCUGGGCAGGUGGAACACUUACAUCCCACUCCACCAUCACAAGGACGGGCUGUGGUCUCAUUCUGUCUUGCUGCCGGCGGAUACGGUGGUGGAGUGGAAGUUUGUGCUGGUGGAGAAUGGGGGAGUUACACGCUGGGAAGAAGGCAGCAAUAGACUCCUGGCAACGGGCCACGAGGAUAAGGUGAUUCACGGGUGGUGGGGCAUUCAUUAACGGUCUGCAGAGUACUGGAGAGGCUGCAGUAGACGGUGGAAGAGUCCAAGGCUGUGGAGCACGCUGAAUAAUUUAAAAUAAAGGCAGCAUGAUUCUGAAUUUAGCCAUCAGAACUGCUGCAAAUUCUCUAGUGGUUUUUGUGUAACGUGCAGAGAUGUCUGUAUGCAGGUAGUACUUCCAGUGGCCUCGGACUUCUUCCCUGUGGUGCUGGUUGACAGACUUGUGCUUGUGCAUCAUUACUCCGGGGUGUAGGCCUAUUGAGGAGUGAUUUGUCUGAACUUCAGGUGUGAAAUCUGGCCAAGAAGCACACUAACUAACUAGUUACACAGGUUCAAGCUGGAGCCUGUAGGAGCUCCUUAGUCUAAGGGAGUAGCACGAGCCUCAUUAGAAACAGCUGAGGACUGUUUUGAAGCUGAUGAAAUAAAAACGCUGGGCCUGGUGGUGCACACCUGUCAGCCCAGCUACUCUGGAGGCUGUGAUGGGAAGAUCUUGUUCCAGGGCAGCCUGGACAGUUCAUUGAGAAUCCCCCCAAUCUCUCCCCUACACCUGCCCCCCCAAAAAAAACAGCUGAAAAAGUAAUCUUUCUUGCAUGCACAUUUCACAUUUUAAAAUGUGAGCCCCAUAUGGAAUCAUAUGGGUGAGAAAAUACUGGGUCACUAGAUGUGAUUGGUGAGGAUAUGAACUAAAGCUCUAAGACUCCCAGUGGUUUUUGUCUGGUUUUACCUGUCAGCUAUGGGUCUGAGGGGAGCAAGUAUGUUCUUGUUGGUAUAGAAACAAGGAGCCUAAUCAGAGUUGGUCACCCAGGAAGCCAGCGUGGGAGCAGCCAGAGAGAAGGGGGACACAAAUGGGGGUGGGGGUGAGCCGAGCGAGGUGGCCUGAAAGCCGCCUCCUAGAAACCAGGACGUGUAGGUGCAGCCUGGCUCCAGGGGGAUGCACCCAUCGUUACCCCAGAGCCCUCGAGGGUGUCUGUCACCACCCACCCCUCCACCAGGUCGACACACAUGCACACAGGUACUACAAAAGCUGUUUGCUUCCGUCACCCUCUUUCCUCUCCUUUCAUACCUGUGGCUUUCAUGGGUGACAAAUUUGUACAGGACAGUGAUAUAGAGCCCUCUCUUUGCUCUGAGAAGAAACACUUAGCUUUAUAUAAAUGAA